ACAUUGUGAACACUCAUUAUUCACAAUGUGAAUAAUGAGUGCCCUUCUAGUGGAGAAAAUGUGAUGCAGUGCCCUAUAAGGGACUCUUACAACGGUCUGAACUUGACUUCCUCAUGGGUGCCCUCUUCCUUCCAAUGGAAAAGGGUGCCAUUAUGAAGGUCCUGGUUUUUCACCAAUCAAAGGUGGCAACCUUACUGUGGACCUCCAGAGAAACUUUUCAACAAUUAGUAGCAGUGACAGUGAAACCAGCCACACUGCUAUAGCGGGGGUAUGACCGCCACAUCUCAAUGGUGCACUGCAGAAUCAUCUUACCGCUGGAUAGCUUUUUCGUAAAUCUCUCCUGCCAUUAACAGAGUAGACGAGGAGAGAUAAGGGGAUCGGAUAUUGAUGAUGUGCACCCUUUCAGUGCGGUGUGAAUAUGAUGCGGCAAGUAUAAAAGCGUGAGGAUAGCCCAGUCGUUUUUACUCUCCAUAGCAACGACCUCUGCAUCUAGAUCUGCAUGCGCGCAUGCGACCUGAUAUUGCUUAGUCUGCUGUCUGCUUCCUGGACGUCGGAAUCCGCAACAUUCACAUGGAAUGAUUACUGAACAGUCUAUCGGAUGAACAGUGUUAAUUGCUACGUUACGGAUAAUUUGAGGAUGGUGGUGGUUACCUAAGAAGAUGAACUGGACGGCUUAAAUGAGAGAGAAAUCAUUCGGUGCUCAAUUUAUGAUGAACGGAAUUUAUGACAAUCAACUUACUUUCAUACAUUCUUGACUGUUAAAUAAUCUAAUACCAUGUUACAAAUCGGAGAUGAACUGGGCUAUUUUAUAGCGGUAUUUCUACUGAUUAUGUUUGGUGCUCGGAGCGCGGUGGGGGCUUCCAUCGUAACCGCAUCGCUUUAUGUCUUCAUCGUGAUGUUUCGGUUCCCUCAAGUGCCCACUGACCAGGCUAGCAGGGUUUUGAGGCCCAACGCGCCCGCAAGCGCCGGGGUCCCCGUGGUGGCGCGCCGCGGAGGUGGUCACGAUGCUCCUGAGAACACUCUUGCAGCGAUCCGAGAGGCCAGCAGGAACGGAGCCACUGGGGUGGAACUGGACCUGAGUUUCACGGCCGACGGCCACCCGGUCCUGAUGCACGACGACACCGUGGACCGCACCACCAACGGGACCGGGCUGGUGAGCAAGCUGCAGCUGGCCGAACUCAGGAAGCUGGACGCUGCCUCGGGACACAGGCUCAGGGAGAGAUUCAGGGGAGAGCGAGUCCCAACCCUGGAGGAGGCUGUGGAGGAAUGCGUCAAACACCAGCUGACCAUCGUCUUCGAUGUCAGAGGUCAACCUGAUAAGGCUGCCUGGGCGCUCGGGGAGAUGUAUAAGAAGCACGCCGUCCUUUACAACUCCAGCAUGGUCUGCUCCUUCGAGCCCAAAGUCAUCUACAAGAUGCGUCAGGCGGACCCCCGGGUGAUCACGGCUCUGGCUCACCGGCCCUGGAGCCUCAGCCGGUUUGGGGACGGCACCCCUCGAACCCUGUCCAGCUGGGGCCAGUACUGGACCGAGGUCCUGGACGUGCUUCUGGACUGGGCCCACCACCACCUGCUGUGGAACCUGUGUGGCGUCUCCGCCAUCCUCAUGCAGAAGGACUACAUCUCCCAGGAUUAUGUGCAGUACUGGGCCCAGAGAGGGGUGGAGGUGGUGGGCUGGACAGUCAACACUGCUCUGGAGAAGCAGUUCUACCAGGAAGCUCUGAAGAUCAGCUACAUCACAGACAGCCUGAUGGAAGACUGUGAUCCUCAUUACUGAGUCAGGUGUACACACACACACACACACACACACACUCACACUCAUAUAAAACAGGCAUCACUUUGUCAUCAGAGUAAGACCAGGUGUUUCCCUUGAGAAACUUUGAUUGUACUGCGUGCAUCUUUACAUUGGGACGUAAUGGACCCAUCUGGAUUAUGUGUCAGUAAAGAAACUUCUCUCACUUCUGUAUAUGGUCCGACUCAUACCAGAUCAGAGAUGUAGGCUAUCUCAAUUUGGAGUCUCCAAACUCGAACUUUCUGCCUUUCUGACUUACUACCUACCAGCAGCACUACCAUGACACCUCUCUUGGCCUAAGAACCUCCAAAUACACAUUUAUUACGAGCAUACAUAUUCUGAUUCCUCAUACUAAAUCUAACUUUAGGACGCAGAUGUAACAACAGAAAUGUAACAUUGAUCUUAUUAACUGUUGAAACGUAAACCUACAGGGGUGUAAGAAAGAAUGCAAAGGUCGGAUGUAAAUUGAAUUAAACAAAUAAUCAUCCAUGCCCUCAUCUGUGUGCUGUGGUGUUUGAAUAAGUGGGCACUCCGGUUUUGAUUUGACUUAAAGGUUCAUGCCGAUGGGACAGGUUAGUCUUUGACAUUUAGUCUGAGGAUAAAAGACCGCGAAAAACUUCAUAUCCUCAAGGGGACUUUACAACGGUCUCUGUCCCUUUAAGGGCGGAGGGAGGCGUGUCGCGACGUCAACUGGACUAUUCCGUGUUCACGGUGUGCGUAGGGUGGCUAUGUGAAUGACAACCCUGUUUCAUCACGUAUGACAUUGUACUGCCUCAUAAGAGCCAGCCAAGGACCAAACUUGCCUACUCACCGAACGGAUUGAAUGAAGAGGUCAGUGAGUACAGGGCCAAGCGACGUAGCAAAAAAAAAUUAACCUAGGUUAAAGAUGCGCACUCAUUUAGGUAGAUUUUUAUGCAGAGAGAAUGCUUUAUGGUAAUGUUGCGUGGUAGGGUAUCAAGGAGUUUUGCCCUGUAACUGCAAAUUAGAUUGAGUUGAAAUGCUAAAACAACUUUGAAAAUAUCUGUACAUGACGGGAAGAAGACUGCACUGAUGUCACCGUGGAUACUACGUCAAAUUUACACAUUUAAAAGAUUUUUUAUUGCAUUUGCUAUUGGAAGUGUUUUUGGUUCCUAAACACCAUUGCCUAAACAAAGCACAACCGAACCUAAGCACAUUGGACACAAUACUGGGACUGAGUUUUAUUUGGAAUUUGCC